UCGGGCCAGCCGCCAGCAAUGGGGAGAGACGACAUGCUUUCUCUGGUGCUGCCUCUGCUGCUCGCCGCGGUCGCCCUGGCCGUGUGGCUCUGGGGGCAGCUGAGGCGCCCUCCGGGAUACCCGCCAGGUCCGACAUGGCUUCCCUUGGUGGGCAACUACCAGGACAUCCGCCGGCUGAGCAAGAAGCUGGGAUCGCAACACGAGGCGUUCACGUACCUAGCCCAGAAGUACGGAUCGCCCGUGAUUGGUUUACAUCUGGGCGGCGACCUGACCGUCAUCGUCUCCACCAGGAGCCUCAUACGAGAGGUGCUCACGCGACCCGAAUUUGAAGGACGGCCUCGGAACUUCUUCGCUUACCUCCGCAGCCUGGGGCUGAGGAAAGGAGUUACGUUGGUGGAUGGCAAGCUGUGGCAGGAGCAGCGCGCCUUCGUGAUACGACACCUACGCUCUCUGGGCUUCAGCGGGGCUGCUAUGCAGGCUCAGGUGGAAGAGGAGGUGCGUGCUCUGCUGGAAGAACUGAGCAACAGGUGCGGGAGACCAACACAGCUCAAAAAGCUGCUGGCGCCCUCCGUGCUCAACGUCAUCCUCCAGUUCUGCGCUGGGUACCGCUUCCCGCGCGACGAUCGGCGCCUACAGACGCUGCUAGACCUGAUAAACACGCGAUCACGAUCCUUCGACAUGGCUGGAGGCAAACUCAGCGCCAUGCCGUGGUUGCGCUUCAUCCAGCCUGAGGCAACUGGCUACAACGCGAUCAUCAGGUUCAACGAGAUGGCGCGCACCUACUUUUUAAAAACUAUCGAAGAACAUAAGGCAACAUACACGCCAGGAAAGAAGAGAGAUCUCAUAGAUGCAUUUCUGUAUGAAAUGGCAAAAGCAAAACAGGAACAAGAUGAGAACACAACAUUUACGGAUAACCAGCUUCUUAUGCUGUGCUACGACAUGUUUGUUGCUGGCUCGGAAACGACAGGCAACUCUCUCCGAUUUGCUUUCCUUAUGAUGUUACGACAUCCUGACGUCCAGGAACGAGUGCACAAAGAGAUAAAAGAAGCAAUUGGCACCCACAGGCUCCCAACACUAGAGGACAAAGACAGAUUGGUUUAUACCAGAGCUGCUCUGACGGAGUCACAGAGAAUGUGUCAUGUCAUACCAAUACGGGGAACUCGGCGAGUGCUCGAAGACACCACACUACAUGGCUAUCGACUUCCAGAGAAUACAGUUGUCCUACUAAAUAUCUGGUCAUUGCACAUGGAUAAAGACCAUUGGGGUGAUCCUGAAGUAUAUCGACCAGAGCGUUUCAUUACUGAAACUGGGCAGUUUAGAGAGGAUGAUGCAUUCUUACCAUUUGGUCUUGGUCGACGUCGGUGCUUGGGGGAGCAUUUGGCAAAAUGUUGUUUAUUCCAAAUGUUUGCUGGAAUCUUACAAAAAUUUCAACUUGUUCCUGCAGAUGGUACUGACCUAAAGUAUGCUACUUUGGAGGGCCUUAAUCUUGCUCCAAAACCAUAUGAUAUUAUUUUUAAAUCUCGAUAACAUUGCAACAACACAAAAAUAUAAUUAUUUUCAGCACCAGUAUUAUGACAGCAAUUAAAACCUAAUACAUGAAUAUGUAUUACUGAAUGGAAAUUAAUUGAAAUUUCAUUUACUUAUCUCCAUACUGCCAUAUCAUCACUUCUUUGAAUUAGUGAGAGAAUAGAAAAGUCUCCAAUGAACAUUAUAAAAUAGAGAUGAGGUUUGUAAAAACUCAGCUACAUAUGAACAAGAAGAGGAGUAUUUUCAUAUUUCUGGUUAUCAAUAUGUGAACUAUAGCUCUCAACUAAUUAUUAAAUUCUAAUGUAGUUUUCCAAUGCAUUCCAGUAAUGUACCUUGCAGUUUAAUUAUACAUAACCCAAGUAAGUACACCAAUUCAUUUAUAGCAAUCUCAGUAACAACUUAUUACUACAUUAUUCUGCUAAGGAAAUGUUUAUUCAGUGAUGCCUGAAAUUAUUGUUUGUUAUUGUAUCUGUUUAUGACAGGUUAAUACACAGUGUACAUUUAAAAAAAAUAAAAAGCAGCAGUUGGAACACUUCAUGUCCUGCAAACUGAGACUCAUUUCUUAUGAACAACUUGACAUACUCAUUUACAAGGACAGAUUCCAGGAUCAAAUUAAAUGGCAUCAUAGGAUGUAUAU